GUAUGGUUAUGCUAUCCGAAUAACCUUUCUGGAUUCACUCGAUAUAUCAUCGUUAGCGGAGAAGAUUACAUUUAAUAGUAUAUUGACAACAUUAAACGCUAAGACAUGGAUGGCUCGUAAGACCAUAACUGAUACGAAAGACUGAGUGACCUCGCCUCGAUAUAGUAGUAUGUUACAGCCGUUUUGCCGCUCGCAUUGGCCUGCAGCCAACAAGAAUUCCGCAGAAAGAGGGUUCCGGAAAACGGUACUUGGCCGGCUCUUUUUAAAGUUGUCAGGUCAUCCGCUCGCGACAACCAUGAAUGAGACGAUAACCAUCCUCUCGGAAGCUCUCAGCACAAUGAUGAGCCCGCUAAGCCCCCUGGGCGGUGGAAUAGGGGCGGCCGUGGCUGGAAACGAAACAGGAAAGGUUGUACCCGUGCCAUCAUCACGUGCGUGUGGCGCCUGGAAUACAGGCCAACAUAAUUUAUUCCAAACCGCUGAAGUUGCCCUAAUCCUCGGCAGUUUGGUACCACAUCGAUUCCAAAUGAGCACUUUGGGCGCUCGUGGCCUUUUCACAGUUGCCUUUCUACUUUUGACCGGUUGGGGAACGUUUGUCGUCUGUGCCUGGGACAUUACACUUUGGAGCCUGAUACACCUGUUUAUUAAUGGUGUAUAUUUUUCAUUUCUACUUUGGAAGAAUAUUCCACCUCCCGUCGACGGCGAUCUCCGACCACUUUAUGAAAAAUCAUUUCAGCCACUACUCGUGGAGCGAAGACUUUUUAAUAAGUUGGUCAAACAUGCAGUUAAGCUUAAACUUGAAAAUGGCAAACGAUACUCUGUAGAAGGGAUUACGAUGGCGGAUGAGAGAGUAUCAAUACUCAUCUCAGGACGACUUCAGGUUACGUGCGAAGGUGUCCUUCUACAUUACAUUCAACCAUGCGAAUUUGUUGAUUCACCAGAGUUUGAAUCCUGUCCUUCGGGAAGUGAAAAAACGAGUCAGGUGACGAUAACGGCAGUGGAGUCUAGUGUUUAUCUUUGCUGGACCAGAGAAGCUUUUGCGAACGCUCUCCGCCAAAAUGAGUUUUUAGAUAACGUUGUCUUCAACCUUAUCGGAAAAGAUAUAGCGCAGAAAUUGUAUUCCCUCAACGAAUUCCAUAGACUUGGUGGAAGCGGGAUGUUGGUCCUUCGCAAGGAGCAGGCUGAUUGGUGGCGCUCACCUAUUCCGCGGUCAGUUUCCGUAGACGCUGUAAACACCGAAGCCAGAGGUCGAGUUCGAUCGCUAUGCUGGGCCAAAGACAUUACUCAAGAUAAUAAUUCAUCGCCCAAUCAGGCAAUGUCUGAUUCGUACGCCCAAACGAGAAGGUUCCAGGACACAAUUCUGCCCCAGCUGAAGCCGUUGCCUCGGCCUGUAGUAACGAACCCAGCAGCUCCACGAGGCCCGGCGGCGCCUUCCAGUGGACUGAUCCGGCAGCCAUCGACACGACCGGGUGGCAAAGAACGUGGAGAAGAAGUGGAAAUGAAACGCGUCAACUUUGCCGAUAAAGCUAAUAUCAUCUCUAAUAGGUGCUAAAUUAGAGUUACGAUGACCGAAAUAUAGCAGGUCCGGUAGUAAUCAUUUCUACAAGCACCUCGUAAUUUGCGGACUGACAACCGCAAAUAGUAAUUCCGCUCUUAUAACUUUUUUUUCUAAUAUGCACCUCAACACUUCUUUCCAUAAAGGAGUCGCUUAUCUUAUACACGGACCACAAACAUAGAACCAGUUUGUCACAAAAUAGGUACUCACUAGAAGAAUAUGUUUUUCAAGAUUCCGUCUAGGAAUCGCUCAUGUAUUUCGGCGUGAUUGUUGGUGCGUUUAUAUAUAUAUAUAUAUAUUACUGCUGCUUUUAUAUACACCAGGAGUAACAAUAAUUAUAGCACGAUGCUUGUAUUUUAAGAUGAAAUCGAGUGACUGUAGGAGCAAACGUGUAUGUGGAUAGUCGUGUACGAGUAGAAGCUGGAUUACGGGCCCAAUAGUAAUGUAUAUACCUUAGGUUGGUGAUCGGGCGUACAAAUUCUGUUCAACUUUACACAUCGCCCUACAUACCCAAAAAGCAUAUACUGUAAUAUUAAAGUAUCUACUAUUUUAGCCCGUCUCAUUUGGUUCUCGCUACCGGUUGUGAGUCCUUCAUCCAGCGGUCACUGUCUUUCGUCACACUGUGUUACUGUUGCAAGUUCCAUUGACAUUCUCAACGCCUACCUCUGAUGUCGAGUUCAGUUUACGGAAAGAUGCUACGGUUCCUGUCGGAUUCAUGUCGUUAUUUAAUACCGCGGCUAUUUAAUACUGCGGCACUUUGUCUUUAUCUCGCGAAUAGUUUCAUAUGAGCUGGGGAAAACCAAUGGUUUAGCCUAAACUGAAUUGAAAGUGUAACCAAUGAUUUGGCGUAACCCUUGUGCUGCGGAGCGUGAAUCGAUCAACUUUCUAAUCUGUUUUGGGCACUUCAGUGACGAGCGAGGACUCGCCACUUUAUAUGCUACUUCGCCUGAAGCGACAAUGGGGUGCCAAUGGAAAUUGCCGGUUUGAGCAUUGUACGACCUCCGUUUUUUGUAUCGAAGUUUGGUUGGCGCUGACGCUUCAUACGAAAAUCGCUUUGGAGCACACCGCUUUAAAAUCGUAGAAACCCUUCAUCGAUUUGUAAUAUAUUAGGUUUCUUCGGCAUGUUACUUCGGACCACAGAGAUUAAAUCCACAUACACAUAAUCAGCAUGUUCUGCUGUAACGAGGUUAGCAAGGGGACCUUGCCCUUCGUUGUAUGUUUGCUAGAGACACUUUGAAACAUCUCGUCAAACAACGCUCGUUUAUUCUACACGACGCUCAUGAGUAUUUCUCUCCAGGAGUUAACGUCGGGCGACCUGAGUUCUUCCUCUGAAAACUGAUGUGCGACAUUGUCUCUAAAUUCCCACCUAUUGGUCUUUACCACCUUGUUGUAUAUACCUAUGAGAUGCCUAUCAACUCUCCGCACUGCCCGGUCCUCAGGCUAUUGUUCUUGCAUUUUCUGAUGUUCUAUGCCCUCGAUCCACCUUUUCG